GUCUCUGGAAUUUGGUCUGUUACUACACAAAAAAAAAAGUCUCUUUUCUAUUUUUGGACGCUAAAGGGUGCAUAACUUUCCCCCCUCUCUCUGCCGGUUCCUUAGAUUUCCCUCUCCUCAGGUCAUCUUUUCAGCUCACUGAGUUUUACGUUGCAGUCUACCUAAGAAAGCCUUUUUAUUGAACUGUUUGAGAUGGCUGAGGAGGGUCACAAGGUUUCCUUGAACGUCUAUGACUUGAGCCAAGGUUUAGCUCGCCAGUUGUCUACUACAUUUUUGGGGAAAGCUAUUGAAGGAAUAUGGCACACAGGAGUGGUGGUUUAUGGUCAUGAAUAUUAUUUUGGAGGUGGUAUACAACAUGCUCCAGCUGGGACGACUCCAUAUGGGACUCCUAUUCGAGUUGUAGACCUUGGUGUCACACACGUACCCAAGGAUGUCUUUGAAAUGUAUUUACAAGAGAUAAGCCCUCGGUAUACUGCAGAGACAUAUAGUUUGCUAACCCAUAACUGCAACAAUUUCAGCAAUGAGGUUGCUCAAUUUUUGGUCGGUGCAACCAUUCCAGAUGAUAUUUUGAAUCUUCCUAACGAGGUUAUGAACAGCCCAAUGGGUGCCCUUAUAAUGCCCAUGAUACAACAACUGGAAUCAACAUUGAGGGCUAACGCAGUUCCUCAAGCACCCCAGUUCAGACCAUCUACUGUUGCUUCUGCUUCCCGGCCGAUGGUUUCUGGUGGAAAGAGCCAAGUUGGAGAGGAUAAAUCUGGAUCAGUAGUGAAGCCUGCCAAACGUGAAGAAAAACCUGUGGGAGAGCAAGAGAAGACACCUGCUAAUACUGCUGUGAGGGAUCCUCUGGGGGACUCACGAAGCAAGGUACAAGAGGAAAUCACCCGUGAAUUUGCUGCAAUCAUGGCAACUGGAACAUUGCGUGCGAGUGAGGCUGCUGCUUUAGCAACUAAGAGAGUUAUGCAAAGAUAUGGACACACAACUGCUGCUUUGAACUAAUGACAAAAAUGUUUGUCAAUUCUUAAUUUUUUCACAUCUGUUGGAUAAGUAAUAUCCAAUUGAAUGAUGUGAGCCUAGACAUUUAGGCUAUUAAGUAGUAGGAGGUAUCUCGAAUUAUUGAUUCCUAACUAAGAUUGUUCCUUGAAAGAGAUCCGUAUCUUGUACGCCUUUUGGAUUUUAUUAAUUGAAUAAGAACUUUUUGCAAGAC